CAGUAGCAAGUUUUUCUCAUCGGUGGCUGGAAGGAUGCUUUAGAAUAACGAAAAGGAUCACAAUGUUUUCUGUGUGUCUUGAAACUAGUUCGCAGUAAAGCAGUGCUCGAAAUUCUGAGCUAAUAGGGUUCUUCAGAGUAAGGUGCAUUCGCGAAUUGAUUAUUUACCUCGUCAAUCAGUCCAUUGCAAAAUUAAUACAACGCAGCGUAGAGUACGAAUUUUAGUCUGAGUUGCAGUUAACGAGCUUCAAAAUAACAAGAAUAAUGGAUGGAGCAACUGUGAGUCCUAUACCCGAGGCUCCACUCGCUAUGAUGGAAGUUGGAAAAACACCUCCACGAAGUCCAAGCAAUCAUGAUAUGCCUCCACCACCGGAUGAAAAGCGCUAUGAGGAUGAUGAUGAUCGCGUGUGGAACUGUGGAGCAUGGUUUGAAUAUACUUUAGUGGUUGUAGUAUCAUCGAUACUACUGAUUGCUGCAUCGGUACUAACCAUUUUCUGGGUAAUAUACUACCGCAAAGGCUUCAAUAUGGACGAUCCAAAACUGCAAUUCAAUCUGCAUCCGGUCCUUAUGAUUGGUGGUUACAUUACGCUGUCCGGCUUCUCUAUUCUUCUUUACCGCAUUUGUCGAUGCUGCUCCCACUUGAUUGUCAAACUGUGUCACACUUUCUUCCACGCAUGUUCCAUUCCAUGCAUUGUAAUUGGAUUCCUUGCUGUUUGGGACUCUCACAAUCAGACUCAAAAUCCAAACUUUUAUUCACUUCACUCAUGGCUUGGAUGCAUUACCAUGGGACUAUUCGCUCUUCAGUUUAUCCUUGGAUUUUUCAGCUUUUUGAUUCUCCUAUGUUGUGAAAAUGCAACCUAUAAAUUUCGUUCCACUAUGGUUCCGAUACACGCAAGUUUUGGUGUAGUCACUUUUAUGCUUGCCAUAGCCACAGCUGUAACUGGAUUAACACAGAAGGCCAUAUUAGAAUUGGGGGAUAGCUACUCACUAAACGUCGAGGAAGGAAUUAUUAUCAAUUCUAUUGGAGUAGUUCUAACAGGACUUGGCAUCAUCAUUCCAUUUGCCGUUAGACGUUCAAACUCACCAGCAAAUUGCAAAGUAUAUGUUACUGAGCGCAUAUAAAUUAUUCAGUAAUAUAAUUGUAGUACAAGCCUGUGGUUAUGUUAGGCAUUAGUUCGAUUUCAUAUACAAUAUAUUUUUUUGUAUUAUUUA